GUGACACAUCACACUGCCUCCAACGAGUAAAGAAGUAUAGGCUACUUUUGCUGCCACUCAAAAUUCACUGUUCUACCAAAGAGCUUCCUGAACCAUGCAUGACCAGUUUGUCUGCAUUGCUGGAGUAACGGUAUUAGGUCUUUUAGAGCAAGCUUACUUUUCGAUGCAGGUUAUCUAUGCUCGACGGAAGUACUCGGUCUCUCCCCCAAUGACAGCUGGACCACCAGAAUUUGAAAGAAUCUUCAGAGCUCAAGCAAACUGUUCUGAGUAUUUCCCCAUAUUCAUAUCUUCUCUUUGGGUGUCUGGGCUCUUCUUCAGUCAAGGGGUUACAACUCUUCUGGGACUUCUAUACCUGUACGGACGUUAUCAGUACUUCUGGGGCUAUGCUGAGUCAUCACUUGGGAGGCUUAAGCCUCUGUACUUCACCGCCAAGGUCCAGUGGGUUCUGAUCGGCCUGGGAGCCCUGGGGGUCCUGUGCGCCAUGAGUCGGCUCUACCUGGGUGUGGACCUCUCCCAGUCCGUCAGCCACAUAUUCCUGUGAGGAAAUCCCGCGCCUGAUAACAGCAAAGAGGAAGCAGAUUAGCGGCGUGAAAGACGAGUGCGACGUCCUAUUAUAGAUAGGGGAAGAUCUGAACGGAAGCCCUCUUAGCAAGAGUCACUCCUGAGCGCAUGUGUGUACUGUACAACCUUUGUGAAGAAAGAGAACACAGGAAGAGACUUUGCAAAACACAGUUAUUUUAUAAUAAUAAUAAUAACAAUAAUAAUAAUAAUAAGCUCUAUUGGAAUAGCACCUUUCAUACACAGAAUGCAGCUCAAAGUGCUUUGCAUUUAGAACAUGUAACACAAGAACACAUUCCUCUUCUUUGCUGUGGCCGUUUAUGAUCUAGAUCAGCAAUAUAUCACAAACAGAAAAGAACAUAGAAAAUAUAUUAAUAUAGAAAAUAAUAUGUAGAAGAGAACAUGUAACACAAUAACAGAAAGUAGCAUUUAGGCCUAACGGUUAGCCUAUGUCUGUGUAACCAUUUCCCUUUUGCUAAAACAAAAAUUCACAUUCGUGUGACCGUAGACUGCCAUCUGUCUGUUUUUGUAUGACCCAGAUGCAUUGCACAGUGUCUCUUGUGUGCAUCCUCUCAGUAGGCCUACAUCCCCUUUCUGUUUUGUUUUGUUUUUAUUUUAGAAAAUAUUUGUUUGCAUAUAGUAAUAUAUUUGAGUAUGUCUGUGAGGUAGUCACUGUUGCAUUGGAAACAUGAACAGUAUGUCAGCCAUUGAUCUUAUCUUUGUGGUCUAAGCCUAUCUGCAGGGGAUUUCUUUUGACAUUUUGUUCCUGUCUUAUCUCAUUGAUAAUGUGAAGUCAGUGCUGUUGGUGAUGUUAAUGUCUCCCGUUUGAACAUGUCUAAUUUUUUCAAUUGCAUUCUCUUGAGUGUUUGUUUGAUGAUGUUGUCAUAGUACAGAUUAGAACUACUUACAAAAGUACAGAAUUGCCUUAACACAUAUUUAUUUAUUAAAUUCAAUCCCCUUGUAGGGGUGAAGUGGUGGUUGCAA